GAGCGGGACGGGGAGAGCGGCCGGGCUGCCCCCGGAGCCCCCGGAGCCAUGGCCCGCCAGCUCAUCGGCCCCGCGCUGCCGCCCGGCUUCCCGCACCGCGCCGAGGCCGAGCCGGGCGAGGACUUCAGCCAGGUUGCAGGACCAGCACUGCCUCCAGACUACAAAAGCAGCUGUAGCUCAGAAAAUCCCGACAGUGAUGACGACUCAGAAUCUCUUCCUCUACCCAGAGACACAAACAGAGAUUCUGAAGAGGAGACAGAAGGAAAUCCAGCACCCAAAAAGCCAAAAAGAAUUCAUGAAGACGAUGAUGAUGAUGAUGAUGGCUUUUUUGGGCCAGCUCUUCCUCCUGGAUUUAAAAAACAGGAUGAUUCUCCAGAGAGGCCCAUUAUAGGUCCUGCAUUACCACCUGGCUUUAAGAAACCUUCAGAGGACACCAGGAGUAGCAGAUGUUUCAUAGGACCAUCUAUUUCAUCAGAAUCCCGUCCCCAGCUGACAGAUAGUAGCGAGGAUGAAGACAAUUUUAUAGGCCCAAUGCCUGCAAAAGGACCAGUGGAGUCUGAUGUGGCCGAAGAGUUUGAGCGCAGAGCUCAGAGAAUGAAAGAAAAACUUACUUCAGCAGACAGCGACGAACCCAAACAAGUUACCAGGGAAUCAUGGAUGACAGAGCUUCCACCUGAGUUGAAAAGCUUUGGAUUUGGCCCAAGAACAUUCAAGAGACGAGCUGACGACAAAUCAGGUGAUAGAUCUAUUUGGACAGAUACUCCAGCUGACAGAGAGAGAAAAGCCAAGGAAAAAGAAGAGGCUAAAAAGUCAGGCAGUAAGGAUAAUGAAGAAAUGGUAUUAUCUGGGAGGGACAAGAGGCUUAUUGAGCAGGUGACUUCAUACAAUGAGUCAAAGAGGUCAGAGUCUCUCAUGGACAUCCACCAGAAAAAGCUGAAGAGCAAAGCAUCUGAAGAAAAGAGCAAACCUCAGGAAAGAAGGCCAUUUGACCGAGAGCAGGAUCUCAAAGUCAAUCGCUUUGAUGAAGCACAAAAGAAAGCUCUUAUAAGAAAAUCCAGAGAUCUGAAUAGCAAAUUUGAGCACAGUAAAGGCAACAUGUUUUUAUAAGAUGAAAGCAUUAAGCUUUUUUGAAGUGAAGUCAAUUAAAAUUUGAAUACUUAAUUUUUGUAAGUAUUUUUCUGUAAAUAUUUGUAUGCAAAAUAAAUAUCCUGAUGUUUAACUAUUUUUCCUUGUCUGUAAAUACUCUCUUAGGGAGGAUCAUCUGAACUAAAACUAAAGUAGUAAAGGAAAGUCCCGGUAUAAAAAAAAAAAAUUUGCUACCUUAAAAUUUUGAUACGUAUAUUUUUUUGUUGUUAGCAUACAAAUAAUUCAUUAAAAUAGGUGGGUUUUUUAGGAGCUGUAGACUUAAUCUUGCAAUGGAGUUGGCAGUUUUCCCUUUUCUCCUGCAUGCUUAAGAUACUCUUUCUGAACCUGACCUGAAGGCCAUGGAAAAAUCCUUUACAUUUGUGUUCGGAACAUUGCUUGACUGGAGUUCCUGCUGGGGAAUAUAAACUCAAAUGGCAGCUUUUAUAUUUGCUUUUAUUUCUGUGAUUCUGUGCCUGUACAUAAAUGCAGGUUUAUAUGUGUGCAGUAUAGUUUCUGUACUAUAGCAGGAAGAGGUAGGGGUAGCAGGAGUAAUAAAACCUCAAGGUUUUCAGAGUUAGUUGUAAAAUGGUAGUAUAUGAGAAGAGAAAAUCUGAGUUUCCAUCUGUAGAGGUUGUCAUCAGAAAUCCAUCUUUUUAAACACAUACAAUGUGAAAAUCAAAGUAAGGCUUAUUUUGCCCAAUCAUUUGCGGAUCAGAGCAACUCCUCUGUAAGGAAGGAAAUAAAUCUGACAUUUAAAAAAGUCUGCAUUCAUGUUUAGAGUUCUUGACCUCUUCUGUGGGUAAGCAGCAGAAAGGGUUGUCAGACCUUGCAAUGGGCUGCUCAGGGAGGUGGGGGAGUCAGCAUCCCUGAAGGUAUUCCCGAAACAACUGGCUAUGGCACUUGCUGCUUUGGUCUACAAGGUGGGCAUCAGUCAAAGGUUGGACUCAGUGAUUUAGGAGUCUUUUCCAACUUAAAUGAUUCUGUGAUUCUGUGUUAAUUAUUUAAAAUUAGUCCUGUGCUUUCACCCUUUGUCUCAAAUGUUUAGGAUCCUUCUUAAGCAGUUACUGAAAGUACCUAUACAUGAAAACAAUUUUGUAUAUGAGAGGCUGGUAAUUUGGAAGUAUAAAUACUGUGGGAUUUGCUGUAAUUUGAAAAAAAUUCCUGUAAUUUGGAAAAAGGCUACCCUGAGAGAUGGUGUCUGGAUUACUUCAUGUUUAAUUGAGCAGUGACCUAUCAAGCUCCAGAAAUGAAUAGUUAAAACCUUGGUCUUAUUUUAUUGCAUUUGUGUGUGAGCUGGAGACACAGGCUUCAUGGGUUGAGAAGUCUUGGAGAGUUUCCAGUGUUGUAAUUGAGUGCUUAUGUGGAAUGUAUUUAGAUACCACCUCUUUUUUUAUUUUUUUAAUGGACAAUUAAUUUUGUCAGCUGAAAAAUCUGCUACCUUCAGGAGAAAGAGAGACUGAUUUUAUAUUGUUUGCUUUUUAUCAGUUUUCAGUUUCUGAGCCUUUUGUUUUGAGGUGAGAGGAGGGUUUAAAUAAGGGCUAUUUAUUUUUCUUCCCCUAAUACAGACUUCUCUUGCCUCAUGCUUUUUUAACUCAGCAAGCAAGGCCUUGUUAAAUUCUACUUUCUGAGGAAAUGUAGAUUUCUUUAUUGGAAAAGCAGUAUUAGAAGUGUCUGGGAUUUUUUUUAGGCAACUAAAGUGAUGACAGGGUGAGUAUGGCAUGACUAGCUAAAUCUUCACAGCUGAGAAAAAAUUACUUGAUGAGCCCAUCAUGCAGUUCUUGUUCAUUCAAAGUCUGGAGCAAGAAUGAGGGCUGCUUGUAUAAACAUUUUGUUGUUGUUUUGUGCUCUGUUUUGAUUUUUGUUCUUUGGCCCCUCCUCCUCCAAACUGAGGACCGGUCAUCAGAUGUCACAGAUGGCCAAAUCCAGUUGGCUCCCUGCUUGUUUGCUCUCUGCCCUGCCUGGCCCCAUCAGAGUCUCCUGCCCUGUCCAAGGCCAUGUUUGAGAGGAGGCUCUGCAGUGUUGCUCGAGAGGAGAGCACUCAUAACGGGUGUGCAGCUGCCCCUUUGCCAUCGUGCACUGCUCUUCCAUCGGUGGAACACGUGGUUCCAAUUAGUGAAGCCUUGAUGCAAGCUGGUGACUUUUUUUCCCUCCUCUCUGCAGCAGCUUCUUAAAGACUUGGUAUCAGUGUCAUGAACUUGAGGUGGGGGAAAGUGCAGUUGUUGAGAGUUCAAGGUAAGCUUUUCAUUACUUUGUGUAAAUUCUAUGAACCUUUGAACUGAAUUAAUAUACAAAGUAAUCUCUUACUCCAUGCCAAGCCAUUCCAUCAAAUAGUUAUUAGAGCAAGCAGUAGCUCAGUAAAUUACAAGCUCUGUAAGCUUUUAUGGGAAAAGAUGAGACAUCUACAGUUUGAACAAGUUAUAAAGUAUUUCUGCUGAAAUGUUAGGAGGUAUUUUUUUCAGAAUCUAAUUUGAAAAACUAGAAUCUAUUUCACAGAGAAUCUUCACCAUAAUUACUAUGCAGUGUUUCUGGUAACCAGCUCCCAACACAGAUUUAAUGUAUGCUGUUGCUACUCUACAGUGCCAGUCCACGUCACAGCAUAUUGGCUCCAGACAUAUCAGGAAAUCCUGUUUUGUAAGAAGAAAUAUUAGGGAGGUUUUCCUGGAUGUGAAAAGUCUACCAGCCUAGAUUUUAGUGUGCUUGCCUUUGAUUUGUGCUGGUAUAGAUGUCCUUUAUUUAUAUUGAUGUUGAACAUUCAUGCUUAACAGUGAGGUCUCCCUCCUUCUGAAAUGUUAAAUUCAGGUGUGUAAUUCAUAGUAUAGUCAAUAAAAUGAAACAUUUUGUCAUAGGCAUAUGGUAAACUGCGUAUUUAAAAGGAGUUUUAAGGAACAUUGUUUAUUAAUAAAAAUGACGACAGGGAAAAGAACCAAAAAACAAUUGAGUUUGCUUUUAUCAAGGAACAAUUAAAAGCAAUAAAGACAUUUUAAGAAAACUUACUGAUUGUUUUGUAUGUGUCUUCCGGACAAAGAUAUUGAGCUACCAUGCUGUCUGAGAUGGAAAAUUUUGUUAGGAUAUGAUACAGUAAUACCUGGGUAAAAUCUCUGUCUAUGUUCUUCCAAUGUAAACACCUAUUUGUAGAGUUAUUUUUUGCUUUUGCUGUUACAGAAUGGAUAUUGGUGGAUGCCCUCUGCAUGUUGGCUUUUCCUGGGAUGAACGGCAUUUCCCAAAUAAUCAACAGCAAUUGAAAUGUAUUUUAUUUAGGGCUUUGAGACACCAAAAUGGCAUUGUAGAAAUAUCUUUCUUCUAGAAAGAAACAUUAAGAUGAAACAUUGACAUAUUUAUGUCCAAUAGGAAAGGGCGUUUUCCGCAUAAGGGAAGAUUUAAAAUGCUGCAGAAGGUUCCAGGGGUCCGGGGUUAAUUGAGCUUGGGGAUUUGUUUUGUUUCUGAAAUGUAAAUUUGUUGUUAUUUCUGUCCAGUCAAUUACAAAUCACAUGUUGAUUUAAGAGUCAUAUAGCAUUAAAAAUCAGAAUCUGAAAACUUCCUGUGCAUGCAUCCUCAGCUCUUGCCACCCACCUUGCACACAGUGGAUAUAGUUUCUAAUUGCAUAAUUACCCAAUUCUCAAAUAAAACACGUGCACGUGUUUUCUUGUCCUUA